AUGACCGCGUCGAAACACUUGCGAAAUAUUCUUAUUAUAAUUUUGAUCGUGAUUAUGGGGUAUGUCCAUUGGACGUUGAUGCGCAUAACUUUGGAUGUCGAGUGCGUCAUUAGCGAGAGAAGCUCGGAAAAUCUUUUGGUUCCAUCUCAUGAUAAUGGCGAUGAUUAUCGAUUAACAUUUCUCAACAAAUCCGACGAAUUUCAAUGGAAAAUCCGGCCGACGACGUCGGAAUGCGACGCGCGCGUUGAAUUCCUCGUGUUGAUCGCCUCGAAUCCGCGCGCGUUCUCACGCCGUCUCGUCCUUCGCGAAACAUGGAUCAAUUCGAGUCGAUUGAUCGAGAACGGAAUAAUGAAAGUGUUGUUCGUUUUGGGAGACUCGGCGAAUGAGAAAAUCAACAAAAUGGUUCAAGUCGAAGCGGAUCUUCACGACGACAUCAUCCAGGCCUCAUUUCUAGACAAUUAUCAAAAUUUGACAUAUAAGUCAUUUACCGGUCUUUUAUACGCCACGUCGAAAUGCAGAAAUUUCAAAUUUGUCGUCAAAAUCGAUGAGGACGUCAUUUUCUUUCCGGAUGCCUUAUAUGAGCGCUAUAUCAGAGGGCAUCUUGAUCCGGAUCGCGAUGCGAUCUACGGUGGAAUUCACGAAGCCGGUGUGGCGGUCUCAAGGACGGGAAAAUGGAAAAUUGAGCGUGACGACUACAAAUGCGAAAAUUUUCCGACGUACGUGUCGGGAACCAUGUAUAUAAUGACGAAGAUGACGGCGGUGGCGAUUUUGCGAGAAUCGAGGCAUCGGAAAUUCAUAACAGUCGAGGACGUGCUCAUCACCGGCUUGUUGGCAUUCGACGUGGGUGCCGUAAUCUACGAGUUGGACGAUUUCUAUCCGCUUCAAGAAUUCGAAAAUCGAUUUCAAGCGUUUUUCAUGAUUGGUAAAUCGAAAUCGCCGACGGUUCAAAAGCUAGUGCACGAGGAAUCGAAAUUAUACGACGAUAUUAUCCUAGCGGACUUCAAAGACGCCUAUCGAAAUUUGACAUAUAAGACGAUAACGUCGUUCGUGUUCGCCGUCCACAAAUGCAAAACCGCCGAUUAUUUUCUGAAGCUCGACGACGACGUCAUUUUCUUUCCCGACCAGCUAUUCGACGCCAUCGACAAAGGGGCGAUCAACGCAAAUGAGUUGGCGUUUUACGGGAAUUUUCUGAGUACCACCAGCAAUAUGGCCAUCGAGGUUGACGAUAAAUGGUACGUACCUUCAUCGUCUUACUCGUGCUCAUUGUACCCUCCAUACCAAAUGGGGAUGUUCUACAUUAUGCGGAUGGAAGUGGCUCGUCAUGUUCUGAAUGCAACUCGCCAUCGGAAGCAUAUGACGGUUGAGGAUGCUCUUAUCACUGGCCUUUAUGCCUAUGAUAUCGGCAUUAAGAACUACCAUUGGGAAAGCGUCUAUUUGCGGUUUAGAGUUGUUGAAGAUGCCUCGAUCAUCGCAAUGCUUGCCCCUCGCAAAUAUGCGAACUACUCGCAAUUGUUCUACGAAUUAAUGAAGAAUAAUUGUCCGGCUUGUAAGGUUGACAAUACUACAAAAUUGAGCACCUAA